AUGAGAAUAAGAGAGGCAAAGAGGGUGUCAGGAGAAGCAGUCAAAGAAUUGGCGAAGGGGCUGUCGAUGAGCGGCUGCUAUGGAAGGGGCUCGCCUCGGAUAUCGAGCAAGGAUGCAGAAUCGAGGGCAGUGGCAGUCCACAUGAAGGACGACGGAGGCAUUCCAGCGGCAGUGAGAGCUUCGCGGCGACGCCAAGAAGGCAUGUCAAAGGACGAAACAAAGUUGACGAUGUGCUUCGGCGAUACCGAGAGGCAAACCGUGCGAUGGCCUGCAGAACUUCGUACAGCGGACAAGCACAAUGCCGGACCAGGCAAAGGCAGGAUCGAGUCGAGGCAGGUGGCCAGCAGUACCUGA